UGGAACUUUAUAAUAGAUUAUUCAAAUAAAAAUGUUAUGAACUCCUGAAAAUUUGUUCACAUUCUUUAUCUCUUCUGGUUGGCCUUAUUAUAAAUUAUAGUAAGGCCAACGAGACGAGAUAAAAAACGUAAAUAAGCGGACCGUUACUAAGUUACAUUGCGAUAGCGAAGGAUGAUUAUCCCUGUCCUUAUCACUCGUACGCGCAUUUAUGGCGUCAGUUAGUCGUUGACGCCUCUCGUAGUGUGUCGUGGUAAAAGAAUGCAGUCUAUUUGUCAUUUUGUGACCUAUUUCAUUCCUGUCUGGAUUGCAUUGGAAGUGAUAUAUAUUUUUUCGUUUCCGUAUUUAUUUGUUUUUUUUUUCUUGUUAUUAUUCCGUUUCUGAUUAUAAUUCUUGCUGUUAUUCUGAGUACCAACUUAGUUGUUGAUUUUAAUUAUGGAAUCUCAGCCUGGCGGCUCUGGAGAACCUUUGAAAGAAAUCAAUUCACCAGGUAAAAAGCGUCAAAAGAAUAAGAAAACUUGACCAUUCCUCACAUUAUUUUAUUUACAGCGGACGUAUUUUACAUCUAAUGAAAAAGGAAUGGUCGUUAAUGUGCACAAUUACGUGAAGCAAACUUGGCCUACUGAUGAAUAUCCGUACAAAACAAGUAUUAUACAGAAAACAGCGAGCAUUUUGGGCAUAGGAGAAGCUUCCGUAUAUAGAAUUAUAAAAGAAUAUGCAACAACUGGGAAUCUACAAAGCCCAUCAAAAACCAAAAAAAGGGUCACAUUCUCGGAAAAAUUGGACGAGUUUGAUAAACAGGCCAUACGAAAGAAAGUUCAUGGCUUUUAUAUGAAAAGCGAAAUACCUACAUUAAAAAAAGUACUCCAAGCUGUCAAUGAUGAUAAAGAAUUACCUAACUUUAAGAGAUCGACAUUUCAGAAAAUACUAAAACAUUUAAAAUUUAAGUAUAUAAAACGACAAGGAAUGAAUGCUUUAAUAGACAGAGACGACAUUAGACUAUGGCGAAAGAAUUAUUUAAGAAAGAUUAAAAAAUACCGAACGGAGAAUCGCCCUAUAUUCUAUAUGGAUGAAACAUGGGUGAAUGCAGUUUCAGGGCAUACUGGUUCAAAAACUUCCGUGGACAACACAAUAACUUCAAAACGGCAAGCUUUUAUGGAGGGACUGAGUACGGGUGCAAAGAAUCCUACUUCAAAGGGCAGACGACUGAUUGUGGUGCACAUAGGAAAUGAAAAUGGUUUCGUAGAGGGGGUGGAUGAGGUAUUUGAAUCAAAAAAUACAGGUGAUUACCCCGAGUCAAUGGAUGCGAACCGCUUUGAGCAGUGGUUUGAAAAUAUUUUACCAAAACUUGGUGAACAUGCGGUAGUGGUACUGGACAAUGCUCCUUACCACAGUAGGCGACAAGAAAAAACACCCACCACAGCAUGGAGCAAAACAAGUAUACAAGAAUGGCUGCGUAACAAAGAACUAAGCUAUGAUGAAAAAGACGUAAAGUCAGAACUUUUAGAGAUAGUGAAUAACGUAAAGCCGAACAACCAAAGAUACGCUGUGGAUGAGCUCGCAAAAAAUUUUAAGGUGGAGGUCCUAAGACUGCCACCUUACCAUUUCGAGCUAAAUCCCAUUGAGCUCGUAUGGGCUGACAUAAAGGGCCACGUAGCUCGCAAUAAUACUACUUUUAAAUUUGAAGACGUGAAGAAAUUGCUCCAAGAGGGUAUCCAACGUAUAUCUCCUGACUAGCUGUUGCCCGCGACUUCGUCCCCGUGGGUAGAAGAUAUAAGUUAUGAUUUAACCUGCCCUGU